CCGCUCAGAUAUCUUGUGGCUAGAUCUAGCACGCACAUGUGUAUUAUAUGCAUCUUGCUUCAGAGGACGAUUUUUACCAAGUAAAUGCUUAUGGGAUCACCCUGUCAUGAUCUUUGAUCACGCCAGCGAUGAUACACGUGGCAUUAAUGAACAAGCUUUGGGUAUACUCGUGUUCGGAGAGAAGUUCUCUAUUGAAUGAUCACUUCCUCGUGGUGUUGAUAUGCUGUGUUGCUGAUAUCAAUGGUUUGCUUUGGAUCUUUAACAAAGCUUCAGUCAGAAGAACUCGCGUCUCAAGUCACGGACCGUCGACACCACAAACGAUAAACAUCUUAGACACAGAAACCUACAAACCAUAUCACAUUCAAGCUCUUACUCUUCCAGGACGUCUAUCUAAUCAGUUACCAAAAGUCACGAUGAUUCUGACUUCGAGAUGAUUGGCCAAAGAGAGGGCGAGGAUGGAUAAUUUAAUCAAAUAGUACAUC